AAAUAUAAACAUGAGAGGAAGUCAGCGAUUAUUUUUUGGUUUAAAAACAUUUGCACAAGGGUUUUUCAUUGGAGUUCCUAUAUAUUUGACGGUUACAGAUAAUUUCUGUGCUGUAUGUAAAGUUGAAGGCGUUUCUAUGCAAGUAUGAAACUGUUUUUAUUUGAAUAUUGUUGUCUAGUUUGUGCCCACGUGUUUCAAUGGUUUCAAAUGGCUCGCUUGUUAUUUUGUCAACCAACUGAAAACUAACUAAUAGAUAGUGCUGUUGUGUACGGUAUUUGAGUCUAAAACUAGGAAGGCAGUUCAAAAUCGCUAGCCAGUGGAGAAGUUUUGAUAUAGGGCAUUUAUUGAUUAUUCAACUUAGUUGACACUUGACAAUCAGUGGGCAGUCCAGGUUGUAAAUGUAUUGAGAUCACGUGGUUUGCAUAAUGAAUGUUUCACCUCUAUGGCAGAUGGUUCUAUUUUUGUAACACAGGGAUGGAUUUACUUGGGGGGGGGGGUGCACCCCCUAGCCCUGGCUGGAGGGGAUGCUAUUUUUCAUGAUAUUUAAAGCAAAAAAUUAUUAGAGACAAAAUGAGAUACAGUAAUUUGAGUAAUAACAUGAUGAUAAGAACAUGUGAACAACAAUUACAAUUCAAAUACUGUAGUCAAGCAAAACUUUGCAGUAGUAAACAAGUUGAUGGGCGGGCGGCACACAUGACCGACACAACUCAGCACCAGAGUUGGCAGAGCACCUACCAGAUCAUGCUGGAUCCAUCCCUGUUGUAACAUGUGUUAUUUUGUAAAUUAUUUCACCUCAUUUUCAUGUGAGAUAAUUUUUUCCAGUUUGACUCUACACAGGCUUAUACCAGAAACUCUGACCUGUUUCCUCCUGUAGUAACACUGAAUGAAAGAAGAGAAACCCCUUUCUAUUGAACAAUAGAACAUAGAUGACUGGCUUUAGCUAGCAUGACAUGCUAUCAAGCAAAAAGUGAUGCAAAACAAUUCACUGAUUUCAAACUUUAUUUUCAGCCAGUUCUUAACCCUGAUUCUCGGACAAAAGAUUUUGUGCUCAUCAACAGAUGGAAGGCAAAACAAUAUGACAAGAUUGAACGAGGAGAUAUUGUGUCUAUUGUGUAAGUAAACAGAUUAGUUCAAGCUAUUGUAAAAGCUAUGAAAGUUGUUUGUAAAAUUGAGAACUGUAUAAUGAAUAUGCUAAAACCAUGUCCUUUUAUAUGAACUAAACAGUUAAACAUUUUAACAAAAUAAACAAAUAGUUUAGAUGAAAAGUUCAGCUAGUUGAGUGAAGCAUAUUUGAUUUCCUUCUAUGUUGUUUGUAUAUUUGAGACUUCACUUCCUUGAGAAAUGGUCACAGCUGUCUUGAUGAAGUGACUCACAAAUUGGUGAUUACUCAGCCCAGAUAGUCACAGCCAAACUACUCAAUAGUCACAGCCAGCUUUAGCUACAGUUAGUCUCUUGUUAAUAUUGGACUCACAGCUUGUUCAGUUGGACGACCAUUCAAGAAACUGGUUGGUUGCGUCUUUUCAGUAAAAUGAAAACCAAAUGGUGCACCAAUCUUAAGUGUGUGGCCUGAGUAUUCUGCAUGGUAUAAUAACUGCUCCAGUUGAAUACGUACAUAUGCUUUGGCCUCAGGUGCGAGACGUUUUAAUCUUGGCACUAAACUACGGCAGUAUAAGUCAUCCUCGUCCUCAAGUUCACUGUAUUUUCGUUUUAACUGGUGUACUGGUAGUAUGGUGGAAUUGUUAGGUAUUUGUUCACUGGGAAAAUCUCUUGUUGGAAUCAAAGAUUGGGUAGUUGAACAUUCAACUUGUGUAUUGUUACUUUUCUCAUUGUAUGAGAUGAGUUGUUUUGAAUUUCCCCCUGUCCCCAAUAACCGCCCUUGAUUCGUUGUAAGAUCAAUUGUAACAGCCUCAUUCGAGUGCCUUGUUUGUAUUUCCAUACGUUCCUGUGGCACUGUGGAUUUAGUUUCAACAGCGUGAGUUGUUUCGUGUUGUGAGGUGUCUUUGUUGUCGUUUGAAGGUGAAAUGCUAUCGUUAUAAUCGCCGAAAUGUAGAAAUUCCAUAUUCGACAUUGUCACGGGACUACCGUCAUCGUCACUCCCACUAUCAACUGCUCUUGAACACGUUGUCUCGUUACUCAAAGUUGAGUCUCUGUGAAUAAUAUGUACUCCUAGCCAUUCACAGUUCUCAAACGCGAAAGGUAUAAAAUCUUGACCAUUUCUUGAAGGGUUAGCUCGUCUUUUCCGUAACCAUCGUCCGUACGCCGUACGGAUGUUUCGAAACUUUUUCUCAGCCGCCAUCGGGCUCAUUUCAAAUUUCUCCGCCACCUUUUGCCAGCAUUCGUUUCUCAGCUCUCUGUUUCGAUAUUCACGACUGAAUUUAUUAUAUAAACACUCGUGUUUUUGUAUUUCUGCCAUAAAUACUCCAUUCCAAGACAUGAUUUGAAUUUCGACGAACUACUGUUUAUAAAUACUAGUGUCUAGUUGCCAAGUUGGCGAUUUCAAUAGCUCAGCCCCGAUCAGAGUUUAGCAAUCGAAUCGUUUCAAUAUACCAGUUUAUAUAAAAACGUGUAUACAACUUAAUUUUCAGUCACUCCGCGAUCGUGCGUUUAUUACAAUAGAUGUCCCUCACAAAAUAUCAACUCCUCGAAUAACAAGCAAUCGCUGUAUCGUUUCAAUCCACGACAGUAGUAGUUUGUAAAACGUGGAUAUAUACUUAUAGUCGUUCUACGUCUUACGAUCGUUCUUCAAAACAGUCGCUCACAAAACCUUCAAGAAAAAAACAAGACUUACGAACGAAUACAUCGUUUCAGAUUCGUUUCUGUAGCCAGAAUCCUUCGUUGCUCAUCAAGUGUCACGAGAGUCGUUGUUUGUUGUUGGAGUCGUUUCAUUUCGAAUGCAUCGUUUGACGUCAUUGCAGCCUCGAUUUCGAACACACGCGGCGAUAAUCGCAUACGGCAUGACGUCAGUCUGAGAUGCAAGUCCAUCUGCACAACUUUCAAUUUUCUUCGGAAAAAAUACACGUGGUCCGUUGUUUUGCGACCAGCAAUGCGAUUAUAUCUUUUUCGUUUUCGGAUAAUGCAAUUUGUCAAAUCUAUUGUAACUAGAUGCAACACAAGCCGAUCUAGGUUUUACGAUAUCAAUGGGUUUUACGGCCGGCGAAGGACGGAUAGCAACACACAUUAAACUAUUAGCAUUUAUAAAUUAAAGUUUCUUUUUAUUAUUAGUGGGAUCCAUUUUCGUAAUUUUAUAGUUUUUUUAACUUUUACAACGGUUGACAAAAUCACUAUUCCGUGAACAGGCGCUACCAGGUGUCCCAGGCCACAAAACGUAAAAUAGAAAAAUAGAAUACAGUGAUAGAAACUGCAUACAGCAUUUGGAUCGACACGAAACACGAUUUUCAUGAAUAAAAAGUGUUUUCUAUUCACAAUAAAUGACUAUGUGUGAUUGAUAAGUAGCUCCGGGUGUCUGAAAACUAUUGAAUUUAACAAAUUCACCGUUAUUGCGGUUGUUUUGUACGUGAAAGUGUUUUAAAAAGGGGUCCAUAUCUACUAGGAGAUUUGGACCGGGGACUCCAUAUCUACUAGGAGAUUUGGACCGAGGGGUCCAAAUCCGCUGUGACACCGGCCUUCGUACUGACGGACCCCAGGUCGUAAGAAAGCCUGAAAUGGAAACGUACGGAGUAAAGCAAGUCCCAAUCUUUUGCAGAUCGCCGAAAGAUCCUACUACACUGUUCAUCAAAAGGAUAAUUGCAUUAGAAGGUGAUCAAAUCAGGUCGGUAUACAGCUCAUCAUUGGUUACUUAUUCAAGUCAAAACUGUAUAUGUUCUGAAUAUUUUAACCAAUCUCCUAGUAACCUGAAAUUCAGGCCCUAUCACAGAAUAGGGCCUGACACAAAACCUAUCUAAAGUGUGGGAUUCCCGUCCACCUGGUGGACGGGAAAUCUGAUUGGUUGAUCAGCAUCAUGAAGGAUUUUGAUUGGUUGCAAGUUCACAUAAACAACAGUUUUAAAAAUAGCUCGGUCAAGGCGAGAAUUAAUAUAAAGGUCAAACGCACGUAACAAAUUCCAUUAUCGAUUUCUUCGAAUUUCUUUUCUUUUAUGCUUUAUGGAAGAAAAAUAAAUCAAACAAACAGUAUUUUGAAAGGGCUUCAUCAAAAUCUUUGACGAAUUUUGGACACACACGACGCUGAAAGAACAGCCAAACUAGUCCUGUAUUCGAAAGCUUGUUGUUGACAGCCAAGAUGUUCUGCCAACUUGCUUCGCCGGCAAAAGUCUUAUUUUUAAUAUCAGGUCCUACCGGCGUUGUUUUCUGAGCUACAUCGCCUUCUUCGUGGUAUGAUUGAGAAUUUAAUUGUUGCUGUUAUUAGCCCGUUAGUCGUUAGAGUAUAUCCGCGAUUCCGCGUCCAGCAAGUUGAGACCUUGAGAAAGCUUGGCAGUCAAGCCGUGCACAGAACUGAUCGACUAAUUAAAUCUUUGUUUGCUGUUCGCCUGUUCGGUUAAAUAGAGAAACUGACUCUUAAUUAUAUUAAGUUUAAUUAAAAAGCAAAAUGCUCUGCGGACAUGUUCAUGAGAAUAUAAUUUUUUUGUGUAACGAAAUCUACAACACUUGUCAAUCAUAUUGCAUGUGUGUCUAAACCCCGUUCUCCACUACGCGAAUUUGUUCGCGUGACGCGAAGUGAAAACCGAAAUCCGGCAACGUGAUUGGUCGGCAAAAAAAUUCGCGGCGAAAAAGUAGGAUCGCUUCCUACUUUUUAUCUGUUCGCGCGAAUAAAUUCGCCUAGUGGAGAACGGGCUUAAAAAUAACAUGUGGGCGUCUCACGGUCUAGACAGGUUUUGUGUCAGGCCCUAUUUCAAAUUAGGGCCUGAACUUCAGGUUAAUCUCCUAGGACACUCAGUUACAAAAAUCGGGUUGUUCGCAUCCCUAGAGGACAUUGUUGGAUCGAAGGUGAUAAUCGCAAACACAGUCUGGACAGCAACUCAUUUGGUUAUGUAAGUAUCAUCCGCGUGAUAGAUCAAUGAGCCGAACACAUCAUUCCAAAUCGAUAGAUCAGUGAACAAGAACACAUCGCUCUAGAUUGAUAGAUCAAUGAGCAAGAACACAUCAUUCCAAAUCGAUAGAUCAGUGAACAAGAACACAUCACUCUAGAUUGAUAGCUCAGUGAGCAAGAACACAUCACUCUAGAUUGAUAGAUCAGUGAGCAAGAACACAUCACUCUAGAUUGAUAGAUCAGUGAACAAGAACACAUCACUCUAGAUUGAUAGAUCAGUGAGCAAGAACACAUCACAUAAAGGUCAUUUACUUUAGGUACCACUGGGUUUAGUGAAUGGUGUUGCCACGAGAAUCAUCUGGCCACCAUCAAGGUGGGCAAAACUAACCAGUGAACUACCAUCAGGUAGAAACCCAUUUGAUCACACCAAUGAAGAAAAGGAUGACGUCAUCAGUGAUGUCAGAGAUAGUGUCAAGGAAGACGUUAUAUGUGACGUCAGAGACAGUGUCGAGGAUGACGUCAUAAGUGACGUCAGAGAUACGGUCAAGAAUGACGUCAGAAGUGACGUCAUCGGUGACAUACAAGAAACUAUUACUUCGAAGAUGGAUGAUGGGGACAUUGACUCGAAAACCUUGCGUGUUAACUCGAAGUCCGAGCUCACGGGAUCGAGUAACGUGUUAACGAACUUACCACAAAAUGCACGGAGACAUGUAUCGGACAUUACUAGCGUUGAGGCACAAUCGAAAGUUCUUUGAUAAGAGUUCACAGAGAACAUUUGAAUACAGAGAAACAAUUUUAAAAUAUUAGAGCAGCGCACUGAAUGUCAGGGCAGUCCCUUUUGGGACGAGUUCAUAAAUUUGUAUUCUAUUAUAAUAUUACGUGAUUAAUAAUAAUAGGUAAUAAUAAUAGGUUUAGGGUAAUUUUUAUUGUAAUAUUAUUGUAAUAUUACGUAAUUCAUACAAAUCAAGCAAAAUAACACUUUCUAUAAUUUCCAGGAGUUUAGAUAUUACUAUGAAGUUACAGAUAUACUAAGUAUUCUCUCUUUUUUUCUUUGAGAAAAGCUCACAGAUCAGAUAUACAUAUAAAAGUUCAUUUAAGUUAAGUCAUUUAGAAGAUGUCAUGCGACUGAUGCGAGUAUUCACUUAACAUGGUUCGUGGUCUUAAACAUGGGAUCUUUGGUAACAGUUGUUGUCAGGUGCUAAACCAUUUGAAAACUUGGAAAACCUAAAUCGUUACCAUUGCUUUUUCUGGGGAACUUUCAGCAGCAAUCAUUAAUGUUCCAUUAAAAACUUUCGUCUAGUUACAAAUUAUUGUUCUUACUUCUAAGUUAUUAGUUGUUACUUAUUAGUUAUUGCUGAAUAUUUAAAGUUUUCUUGACGGUAUUGACAAUAUUAUGUAUCUGUGGCAAGGCAAAUUUUUCUAAUGUCUGAGCAUAAGGCAUCGGCACAUCAGCUCCCGUGACUCGUGAUACUGGAGCGUCUAGGUAGUCAAAUCCUUCAC